AUGGAUUCAGGAAAUCACAGCACCAUCACAGAAUUCAUCCUCCUUGGGCUAUCUGCUGACCCUCACAUCCAAGCUCUCCUCUUUGUGCUUUUCCUGGAAAUUUACCUCCUGACCAUCAUGGGGAACCUGAUGAUGAUGAUGGUGAUUAUGACUGAUUCACACCUCCACACCCCCAUGUACUUCUUCUUGAGUCACCUCUCCUUCCUGGAUCUUUGUUUAACUUCAGUCACUGUGCCUCAGAUGCUGGAGAAUCUCCUGUCUCAGAAGAAAUCCGUAUCCAUAGACGGCUGCCUCACUCAGGCAUUUUUUGUGUUUUCCAUUGUAGGGAUUGAAGCUUUUGUGCUCUCUGCCAUGGCCUAUGACCGCUAUACUGCCAUCUGCUACCCCCUGCUCUAUGACCAGAUGAUGAGUAAACAGUUGUGUUGGGGUCUGGUGUGGGUUUCAUGGGGACUGGGCUUUCUGGAUGCUCUCAUUAACACCCUCGUGGCUUGCAAUUUGGACUUCUGUGAGGCUCAUGUCAUGCCUCACUUCAGCUGUGAACUGCCAUCUCUAUUCUCUCUGUCUUGCUCUGACAUCUCCAUUAACUUUACAGUCCUGGUGUGCUCUGCCAUC